AUGAGUUCAAUAUGCGAGGACUUGGACUUGGACGAUGAGCGUGUUGAGCUACUUGACAGGUUCAUCGAGUUGUUGCCCCCACCAGAUUACAGCUUGAUCCACCGAGACAAAUUCAACUUGCGCGCUACUUCCAAGGGCCUUGACAAGUCCUUGAUGCGCUGGUUCAUGAAAAUAUUCCAGAGAGGCCACGCGAAAAAGGCCGACCUUGUCGAGCUCUUCAUGACCGCCCAGGAUAUCCGGGCCCUCCACGACGUCAGUAACAGUGGGACAAUCGACGAGGCAAUCAAAUCCCUGCACAUCAACGUCGGCCACUUCGCAAAGGAACCAAGGCGGCCUCUCAUCUUGCAUUCGCCUCUGCAGACCGAGAUUGACGCGUACGAGGUCCUCCUCCUGGCGGGCGAUGGCGUUAAGCUCCUGAGUCAAGCUUUCUCCAGCCUACAAAAUCUCGAAGAAGUCUACAUCGGCAAAGGGAGGAUGCCUCUUCACAAGCAUCAAACGGACCACUGUGCGUGGCGCGAGACGACCGAGCCACGCUUGAACAUCCAAAAACGGCCAGGCUCCGGUUACAUACUGAGGACGGAAGUAGUCAAAAGCGUGCUCGAAGCUCUGGCUCUUAGCAGCCAGCGCAUCAAAAAGUUGGUCAUCCAGAGCGGCUCAUCUAUGUCUCACCGUGACGAGGCUGGGCUUUGGAGCUUCGAUCUUCCCGAGCCGAUCUUCGCAAAGUUGGCAACCAGCUUCCAGAACCUCACGAGGUUGCACUUGACAAUGUCGUUUGCAAAGGACAAGAUCAUCCAUUCUCGCUUUAGGGCGGCUGACUCGACUGAAGAUGAGCGUCUCCAGUGGCUGGUUCGGUUCCUCCAGGCUGCGUCUUCUCUCGAGUCAUUCCACCUUGCUGCGUCUCGAGAAAACUUCUUUUCGUCGGACGUUAUCAAAGCCGUGCGCCAUGCCUUACCCGACUCCCUAAAGGAAUUCCACCUCUACAACUCCAUGCUCACCGCCAAGGUUCUUCACCAAGUUCUGGCUCUCCAUCAUCGCAACGUUACCGAGCUUGGUCUAUACUGCUGCAUCCUUGUCGACGAAAGCUGGGAACCAUUCUUCCGCACGCUGGACAUGUACAAGCCACGCUUGAAGCACGCCUACCUCGAGGAGCUCUGGGAGUUACGUCCCGACCUGGACGACAAGGUGAUCCGCGGGCCACUGCCCCGCGGCGUGAAAAGGUUCUCAGGUCGGCGCAUCUCCCACUUCAAGAGGAAGGUCUGCGCAGUCAGCGCCUGCUUUGACCGCCAGCGGAGGCGUGACUUCCGCGAUGAUGCCAUGGUCGUGCAAGAUGGUUAUGGUCACGUUUCAGGCCUAGACCUCAUGGCCCACACUGCGGCACUUUACCCUUCGUCGAUUACGAGGAAAUUGGGGACAUGGAUGUAA